CACAGCUCCGACCCCUCGCUACCGGUUUCCUGCGCGUGCUGCCACGUUAGUACCGCAGGAGCUCGAGCCCCCGCAGCAACGCAUACACACAGCCCUGACGCUCAGACGCUGCGCCCGGUUUAGAGGAGAUUAGAGAUUACAGGUUUCAUAUUGAUAGAGGGAGAGAGGUUGAAACUGUUCGACGCAACACGAUGAAGUCGGUGGUCCUGUGCGUGCUCGUGCUCGUGGUCGCGGCCGCGGCUCAGAUCGCCGAGGAGGAGGAUGUGCUCGUGCUCAGCAAGGGGAACUUCGCCGAGGCGCUCGCGGCUCACCCCAACAUCCUGGUGGAGUUCUACGCACCCUGGUGCGGUCACUGCAAGGCCCUCGCUCCCGAGUACGCCAAAGCAGCAGGGAUCCUCAAAUCCGAGGGUUCGGAGAUCCGCCUGGCCAAAGUGGACGCCACAGAGGAGUCGGAACUGGCGCAGGAGUUCGGGGUGCGCGGGUACCCCACCAUCAAAUUCUUCAAGGGUGGAGACAAGACCGCGCCCAAAGAGUACACAGCUGGUCGUCAGGCUGAUGACAUCGUGAACUGGUUGAAGAAGAAGACCGGCCCGGCCGCCACCACGAUCAGCGAGGUCACGCAAGCCGAGUCGCUCAUCGCCGACAACGAGGUCGCCGUCAUCGGCUUCUUCAAGGAUGUGGAGUCUGACGGUGCCAAGGCCUUCCUUAAAGCAGCCGAGGCCAUCGAUGACAUUCCCUUCGGGAUCUCCUCAGACGACGCCACGUUCUCCAAGUUCGAGGUCACCAAGGACGCCGUCGUUCUCUUCAAGAAGUUCGAUGAAGGCCGUAACACGUUCGAUGGCGAGCUCACCAAGGAGAACCUCCUGGACUUCAUCAAGGCCAAUCAGCUCCCGCUGGUCAUCGAGUUCACCGAGCAGACGGCCCCUAAAAUCUUCGGAGGAGAGAUCAAGUCCCACAUUCUGCUCUUCGUGCCCAAAGCGAGCAAAGACUUCCAGGAGAAGCUGGACCACUUUAAGAAAGCAGCCGAAGGCUUCAAAGGCAAGAUUCUCUUCAUCUUCAUCGACAGCGAGGUGGAGGAUAACCAACGUAUCCUGGAGUUCUUCGGUCUGAAGAAGGACGAGUGCCCCGCCCUGCGCCUCAUCACCCUGGAGGACGAGAUGACCAAAUACAAACCCGAGUCCUCAGAGAUCACAUCCGAGAACAUCAUCUCCUUCUGCACAGCGUUCACAGAGGGCAAGCUCAAGCCUCACCUUAUGAGCCAGGACAUUCCUGAAGACUGGGAAAAGAACCCAGUCAAAGUCCUGGUAGGCAAGAACUUUGAGGAAGUCGUCUUUGAUCCCACCAAGAACGUCUUCGUCGAGUUUUAUGCUCCCUGGUGCGGGCACUGCAAACAGCUGGCUCCCAUCUGGGAUCAGCUGGGAGAAAAAUACAAGGAUCACGCAGACAUCAUAGUGGCCAAGAUGGACUCUACGGCCAACGAGAUCGAGACUGUGAAAGUCCACAGCUUCCCCACGCUCAAGUUCUUCCCAGCAGGAGAUGAUCGCAAGAUCAUCGACUACAGCGGGGAGAGAACACUGGAGGGCUUUACAAAGUUCCUGGAGAGCGGAGGAAAGGAAGGCGGAGCACCAGCAGCAGAGGGAGACGAUGAUGAAGUCGAUGAUUUGGACCUUGAGGACCCAGACGACGUUGACGCAGAGGGACACGACGAGUUAUAAGGACAAGAGAGAGGGCGGGCGCGCGCGUGUGUGUAAGAGAGAGAGGAGAGACGAACCCCUUCACCAACCACCACUUCCACUACUCCAAGCCCUCCCUGUACGAGGAACCCUCAAACUUCUCCCUGUCAAUCAUGUAGACUUUUUACACCAAGGCCGAUGACCUCGAAGAAGAAAUGACACUGUUUUGGGAAGUUUCUUUGAUCAGAGACCAAACUGUUAAACCUUGUGUUGGCAUUAAAUCUCGUUUCUCCUGUCUGUUAAUUAGCAUCUUGAAGGUUUCAUCUUGUGGCGAGCCACAAGGGCUGGUAUUAGGACCUUUUUAAUUUGGGAGUUUGAUAAGAGUUCGGUGACUGGGAUGGACAGAUCGAUCUCAGGGCAUCACAGUGAUUUAAACAAACAAACAAAAAAAAAACAGUUCAUCCUCGGUUCAAUUAAAUAUAGAUGUAGCUAAGACCAAGCAUUCUUUAUCCUCUUUUUUUUCCCCCCCUAGGAGUGUAUUCUUUCUUCCCCCUCCUCCAUAACCAUUAAUACAUAGCUACUGACUUUUUUUUUUUUUUUUUUUUUUUUUAACAAUAGAAAAGUUAUCUAUUUGUUGUAUUUAAUUCUAUUUUUCCAGUUUUUAUUUGUGUAAUUGUUGGCACUCGGUCACACUCAGUCUGUGAGGGGGGAAAUCUUCUGUACCACUACAUUUGUUCUUCACGCCAGCGGAGAUUUCAUCUCGGUUACUGAAUCACAUUUUCAGACACAUUCCAUCUUUCGCUCUGCAUCUCCUCUCCGUCGCAUGGAUAAAUGAAGGGGUGGGGGAACGUGCUCAUGUCUCGUAAAACCAGUCUGUCGGAUCGUUUAGUUUCUCACGCGUCCAGGAUCGGGGAUGUAAAUGUGUCGUUUUAACCCCUGACUAUUUAUUGCUGUUGUUCAGAGGGUCGACGUUAAUGGAGAAGGAUUUGGGUUUAUAGAGGGGAGGGACUUGUGUAAUGGUAUUGUUUUUUUUUAAUAAUGUAAAGAUGUAAAGAGCGAAAGAGGAAUGAACAAGAUGAAAGUAAGCAUUCCAUCACACGUAAAAAGGAAAAAAAUGUGGAAAAAUUAACUGGUGGCCAAAUAAACAACAAAAUGGUGACAAAA